AUGGUACCAUGCGACCAAAGCCCCUCGUGGCGCACGCAGCCACGCACCGUGGCCGCGCGCAGAGACGCAGAGACGCAGGGUGUGGGACGGGACGGGGUUCGCUCAUGCUCAAAGACGCACAACAACAAGAACCAAUCUAUAACUUGUUGGAUUGUGAAGCUCUCGGGAAAGGACAUUUGUCUUCGUGUGGGACACUUACUUGGAGGUGAUGUCACCAUGGAAGCACUGAAAAACGAGGCUACGCUCGACAAACAUAAAGCACUUUAUAAGAUUCACAAUGAUCAGCACAAUGUCCCGAGCUGCACAUAUUAUUGCACGCUUGCAAACUUUCGUAUUGAAAAGAAGAUUGGUCGUGGUCAGUUCAGUGAGGUCUACAAAGCCACAUAUCUGCUGGAAGGACGGCUCGUUGCACUCAAAAAAGUCCAGAUAUUUGAGAUGAUGGACGCUAAGGCGCGUCAGGACUGCAUAAAAGAAAUUGAUUUACUUAAGCAACUUAAUCAUCCGAAUGUGAUCAAGUACCUCGACUCCUUUAUCGAGGACAAUGAGCUGAACAUUGUGCUGGAGUUGGCUGAUGCUGGUGAUCUCUCCCAGAUGAUUAAGUAUUUCAAGAAGAAGCGACGACUUAUUCCAGAGAGAACAAUAUGGAAAUAUUUUGUACAACUCUGCAGCGCUCUGGAGCACAUGCAUUCGCGGAGAGUGAUGCACAGGGAUAUCAAACCAGCGAACGUGUUCAUAACGGCCACUGGAGAAGUAAAGCUGGGAGAUCUCGGAUUAGGACGCUUCUUUAGCUCAAAAACCACAGCUGCUCACUCCUUAGUGGGGACACCAUACUACAUGUCACCAGAGCGAAUCCAUGAGAAUGGCUAUAAUUUUAAGUCAGACAUCUGGUCCUUAGGAUGUCUUCUAUAUGAGAUGGCUGCUCUGCAGAGUCCUUUUUAUGGAGAUAAGAUGAAUCUUCUGUCCUUGUGCCAAAAGAUUGAGCAGUGUGAUUAUCCUCCUCUUCCAGCUGAUCACUAUUCUGAGAAGCUGCGAGACCUGGUUGGCAUGUGCAUUAACCCAGACCCAGACCAGAGACCGGACAUAGUCUUUGUGAUGCAGUUUGCCAAACAGAUGCACACGUGGACCUCAAACGCCUGA